AUGACUAGCUACGAUUUCGCCGCUCAUGAGCACAUCCUGGAGAUGACUCAGUUCAUGACUGGAUGCACUGCUCUCAACCCACCAGUCCUGGAGACAUAUACUACUUCUUAUUCGUUGAUCGAGCGUCGCCAAUUUACUGACAUGAUCCAGCUAGCCAACCACAUCCUCUUUCUGGCACGCAUGCAGACUCGACCUGAUCUUGCUGGUCAAGUUCAGAUAGUUCUUGAGAACUGGGUUUUGAGAGGUGAUCCCAUGCCUAAUCAAUUCAUCUACGACACGACUGAGAUGUUUACUUCUGUUGGAUAUCGCUUCCGUGUCGUUCAAUGGACCACUCGCGAGCAGGCUUUUGAUCAACUCGUGUCUGGCACCGACAACACAACUCUUAAUGAUGCAGAGAUUGCCACCGACAUUGUAUUCGACGGCUCACGCAUCCACCAAUCCUACACUUCAUUCACACCCUGGGCAAUGAACAGCUACAAAGGUGAGUACCACGCUUCCAACAUGCCACCACAGCAAUCACCCCGCCGUCCCUCCAUCUACAAAAAAGACCCCAAACACGAUCUCGACUGUAUCGGCUGUCCGACCUGCUCUUUCUGCACAAAAGUGAANAAAGACAUGCACAACCACGAAGCCCAACACUGGGAUAAUCCCCACCCAUGCGUGUGUUCGCACCUAGAUCCCAAAACCACGGCCGAAGAAAUAGACACCAAAAGAUGUUACUGCGGUAAACUUGCGAUAGACGAAACCACACGUAUGUUGCGUAAUUGGGUAGAUGAAAAGACUGGAUAUUUGGUGAAGAGGUUUGGUAUGGCUGGGGGUAUGCCGACGUUUGCUAAUGUUACUGCUAUUCAGAUGCAGCAUGAUGUUGGUGUUCCUCAGAUGGAGCAGUAUUUAAAGAUCAAUUCUCAGGGUUGGAACUAA